AUGUUAUCCAAAGCCAAAGACUGCAGGGUCCAGGCGACUAAAGGCAAGAAGGCAUACAUCUACUAUGACGACCUGCAAGCUAAACAACCCUCUUCUCAAAUCAAGCAGUCCCAGAACGAUAGUGUAUAUCAGCUGCUGAAUGUCACCAUAGCCGCGUUCAACACUACGAAAGAUCUCAUUCCUAUCGCGCUUGCCCAAGGCAUCCUCGGGACAAUUGCAAACAUUCUGACUAUUGUGCAGUCAGCGGUCAAGAACAAGUCCGAUUUCCAGGCGAUAGCCGACAAGUGUGAGACUAUCAGGGAUAUCCUUCAAAGAGCGACCGAGGAUGCUACUGAAGACGAUGCAUCAGGAAAUCGCCCAGGCCUAGGUUUUUCUAGUUAG